AUGUUGGACACAAUGCACCAUUGUCCGUCGAUUGUAUCACGCUCAGGUUGGGGAGCUCGAGCAGCAAAGGGAAGCACAAAGUUGACAACACCUGUUAGCCAUGUUGUUAUUCAUCACACUACCGGAGCAACUUGUACUGCUAAGAACACGUGUAUUUCCAGAAUGAAAGGAUUUCAAAAUUAUCACAUGGAUACUAAUGGUUGGGUUGAUAUUGGAUAUAAUUUUCUUGUGGGAGAGGAUGGCAAUAUUUAUGAAGGUCGUGGGUGGACUCUCGUUGGUGCACACUGUGUUGGUUACAACUCGAAAUCAAUAGGUAUAUCGGUGAUUGGUGAUUAUAGCUCAAGAUUGCCUGUUUCCAAAGCAUUAACUGCUGUUAAAGCAUUGAUCAAAUGUGGUGUACAAAAGGGCUAUAUCCGUAGUAAUUAUAUUCUUCGUGGACACAGGCAUGAAAAAAAUUGA